GUGCGCGCUGAGGUCACGCGCCGGCGGCGCUGUCAGCGGUGGCCCCCGGCGGGGCGGGAAGAUGGCGGCCGGCGGCGGGGGCGGAGGCGGCGGCGGAGGCGGCGGCGGCCUCUCAUUGCCGGCAGGUGCGAGCCCUUCCUCCGCGCCCCGAGGGGAGCUCUGAGGGCCCCGUGCCGCACCCCCAAGAUGAGCAGCAAGGAACCCACCGAGGUCUCUGAGAGGAGCCACCUGAAGGUUUUCCUGCCCCGGAAGCUGGUGGAGUGUCUGCCCAAAUGCCCCGUCCUGCCCAAGGAGCAGCUGCGCUGGAACACCAACGAGGAAAUCGCCUCCUAUCUCAUCACCUUCGAGAAACACGACGAGUGGCUCUCCUGCUCCCCCAAGACCAGGCCGCAGAACGGCUCCGUCAUCCUCUACAACCGGAAGAAGGUGAAGUACCGCAAGGAUGGCUAUUGCUGGAAGAAGCGCAAGGAUGGCAAGACCACUCGCGAGGACCACAUGAAGCUGAAGGUGCAGGGGGUGGAGUGCCUCUAUGGCUGCUACGUCCACUCCUCCAUCGUCCCCACCUUCCACCGUCGCUGCUACUGGCUGCUGCAGAACCCCGACAUCGUCCUGGUUCACUACCUGAACGUCCCAGCCAUGGAGGAGUGCAGCCGCCCCUGUGCCCCCCCACUGUUUUGCGCCGCCACUGCCGACCCCCGCGAGUGGCUCAAGUGGUCGCAAGAGGAGCUCGUCGCCCAGCUCCGCCCCAUGUUUCACGGGAUGAAGUGGGGCUGCAGUAACGGGGGGGGGGGCCCGGCCGGGCUCUCGCUGGAGCAGCUGGUGCAGCACGUCCUGGAGAGUCACCAAGCGCGGCCGCCCCCCCGCACCCACGCCUGCCUCUGCGCCGGGGGGCUGGGCACCCCAGGCCACAAGUGCGGCAGCACCAAACACCGCAUCAUCUCCCCCAAAGUGGAGCGGGGGGGGCGGGGGGGCAGCAGCGGCGGCCGAGCCCCCCAAAGCCGCCCCCUCCUCCCCCGACACCACCCAACCCUCCCCAGGCCUGGGGGGGCCCCCCCCCCGAAGGGCCCCCCCCUUUUCCCCCGGGCCUCCCCCUUUUACCCCCGCCGGGGCCAAACCUACGGCUGUGAGGCCGAAGCCCCUCCCGGCGCCCCCCCCCCGCUCCCCGAAGCCCCCCCAAAAUUGGGUGGUGAUGAGGAAGAGGAGGAGGAGGAGGGGGUGGGGGCCGGCACCGCCGGCACCCCCCCGGGACCUCGGCGCUACCCGCCGAUCCCCAGCCCCCCUUCGGCCUCCCCUUUGCCGAGCUGCUGGCGGGCACCCCCCCUUCCCCUCCUGCCCCCCCCCGACGAGCCGCCGGUGGCCAUCACCGACUUCUCCCCGGAGUGGUCCUACCCCGAGGGUGGGGUGAAGGUGCUGAUCACGGGGCCGUGGGGCGCCGGCGCCUACAGCUGCCUCUUCGACCGCGUCGCGGUGCCGGCCGCCCUGGUGCAGCCGGGCGUCCUGCGCUGCUACUGUCCCCCGCACGAGGCAGGUGUGGCCGCCCCUGCGCGUGGCCUGCCCCCCCCCGGCUCCUUUCGGCUGCUGCCCCAUUCGAGUACCGGGCACGGGGCGGGGCGACCGGCCCCCCCCGGAUCCCAGCUGGACUGGUUGUCCCUCGAUGGUGAAGGCCCAGUUCCGUCUGUCCAUCCUGGAGCGGCUGGAGCAGCUGGAGACGCGGCUGGGGGCCCUGGCCCCCCCCGCGGCCCCCCCCCCCCCCCACGGGGAGCCCCCCCGGAGACCCCGCCGGAGCAGGGGCCGGGGUCCUGCUUCGAGGCGCGGGUGGUGGCCGUCUGCGAGGCCAUGAUGGCGCGGCCGGGCUGGCUGGGGACAUCGUCGUCGUCGUCGUCGUCAUCAUCAUCGGGGACCUCGUCGUCGUCAUCGGGAACGGCGCUGGCCCAUGGGGCCACCUUCCGCGGGAUGACGCUGCUGCACCUGGCGGCUGCCCAGGGCUACGCCGGCCUGGUGGAGGCCCUGCGGCGCUGGCGGGCGCUGGCGGCCGACAGCCUGGAGCUGGAGCAGGAGGUCGACCCCCUUAACGUGGACCAUUUCUCCUGCACCCCCCUGAUGUGGGCGUGCGCCCUGGGUCACCGGGAGGCGGCGGAGCGGCUGUGCCGCUGGGACCGGCGGGCGCUGGCCGUCCCCGACACCCUGGGGCGGCUGCCGCUGGGCCUGGCCCGCGCCCGCGGCCACCUGGCCCUUGUCACCCGCCUGGAGGAGCUGCAGCCGCAGCUGUCACCUGCGUCCCCGCGCUGUCACCUCCCCGGCCUGCGCGUCCCCUCCCCGCUCUCCGCCAGCCCUGACACAGGGCUGAGCACGGCCAGCAGCCUCUCCUCCCCCUCGGGGCUCUCGGAGGGACCAGCCUCCGUCCCCCUGCCCCCCGGCCCUCCCGGCCCCCCCGAGGACGAGAGCUGGGCGCCGCCCCCCCCCAGCCCCCCCCGACGCCGAGCGGAGGUGGUGACGCUGGCCCAGCAGAUCAUCGAGGCCACGCCCGAGCGCAUCAAGCAGGAGGCGCCGGGGGGGCCCCCGGGGACAGCGGGGGGGGCCCCAGCGACGGCGGGGGGGGCCCCUGGGGACGCCAGGGACGCCGGGGCUGAGCGCCGCCAUGGCCUGGCUGGCCACCUACCUGGAGAGCGUCGACCGCCCCCCCGCGCCCCCCCCACAGGUACCCCCCGGAGCGGAGGCGCCCUCCCGGGGGUCCUCGGGGGUCCCCGAGCGGCUGCCCCCCCCCCCCCCUCGGCGGCCGGCUGGGCCGAGUUCCUCAACGCCUCGGGGGGGGGCCGGGGGGAGAGCGCCGUCGCCCUCCUCACCCUCUCCGACCAGGAGCAGCACGAGCUCUACGAGGCCGCCCGCCUCGUCCAGGGCGCCUUCCGCAAGUACCGGGGCCGGAGGCUGAAGGAGCAGCAGGAGAUGGCGGCCGCCGUCAUCCAGCGCUGCUACCGCAAGUAUAAGCAGCUUACCUGGAUUGCUCUGAAGUUUGCGCUGUACCAGCGGAUGACGCAGGCGGCCAUCCUGAUCCAGAGCAAGUUCCGCAGCUACGCGGAGCAGAAGCGGUUCCAGCGGCGGCGGCGCGCGGCCGUCCUCAUCCAGCAGCGCUACCGCAGCCACCGCGAGCACCAGCGCCUGCAGCAGGGCCCCCGCGCCCCCCCCGCCGGCCUGCCCCCACGCCUCCGGGGCACCUUCCUCACCAUCAAGCAGGACCAGGCGGCCCGGAAGAUCAUGCGGUUCCUGCGGCGCUGCCGCCACCGGAUGGAGGAGCUGAAGCAGAGCAAGGAGGGGGACAGUUUACAGAAGCGGGGCCUGGCCUCGUGACGCCCCCACGGGGGGACCCAGGCGUCCUGGGGGGGCUUCCCCGCCCCCGGGGGACCCAGGCAUCCGGGGGGGCAGCCCCUCCCCCCCAAUUCCCCCCCACCCCCACAGGCUUUGCCUUAUCUCUGGUGCCAAGCGCGCCCCCCCCAGACCCCCCCCAGCACCCGGCCGCCU